GUGGCUCGGCACUGUGCUCUGACUGUCAGGUCACCUUUGUCAACCUCAAGUGUGACUCAUCCAAGAAGGGGAAGGGGCGCCGGGCUCGCAACUCCCCCAGCAAAGAGGUGACACGCAUCACACUGGAGUUUGAGGCGGAGAUCAAGCCUGAGGAGAUCACAGCCAGCUGCAACCUGCACUGCCUGCGACAGAGAGUGGAGAAAAAGCUCAAGUCAGCCAUCAAAGCCUUGAAGAAAUCCAUCAAUCAGGAGCGGUUCCUGCUGCGCUUCUCAGGGAUGGAGUACGAGGUGGCCCGGAAGCUGAGCGUGGCCUCGGAGCGGCAGGAGAGCUGUGGGCCGGGCCAGCAGCGCCUGGCCAGCAAGUGUGUCAGCUGCUCGCAGGGAACCUAUUACCAUGGGCAGACGGAGCAGUGCGUGCCCUGCCCCCCCGGCACCUACCAGGAGAAGGAGGGACAGCUCUCCUGUGACCUGUGUCCCCGCGGUGACACCUUCGGACCCACAGGAGCCACCAACAUCACUGGCUGCACCGGUCAGUGUCCCCCUGGCCAGCACUCUGCCGAUGGCUUCAAGCCCUGCCAGCCGUGUCCCCGUGGGUCCUACCAGCCCGAGGUGGGACGGGCGCUCUGCUUCCCCUGCGGCGGGGGGCUGACCACCCGUCAUGAGGGAGCCCUCUCCUUCCAGGACUGCGACACCAAAGUGCAGUGCUCCCCUGGGCACUACUACAACACGAGCGUCCACCGCUGCAUCCGCUGCACCGUGGGCACCUACCAGCCCGAUUUCCGGCAGAAUUACUGCAUCUCCUGCCCUGGCAACACCACCACCGACUUCGAUGGCUCCACCUCUGUGUCCCAGUGCAAAAGUAGGCGAGCUGGGGUGCAACAGAAGGGGGGGACAGGUGUAGGGUCCUCCUUCAAAAGUAUUAAAAAUCUAUAGAGUUUGGGGUUAUUUCAGCACUGUGUGUGUGCAGGCAGGCAUGGGGGUUGCCUAAUG